AGGGCACCCUCAGGUUCAGCCAGCCGGACUGAGGAGAGCAGGAGCCGGCGGGAGGAGAGCGCCGAGCACCGUUAGUCCGUGGAGCUUAGCCCCGCCAUCGUUAGCUGCUCCUGGGGCAGUUACCGAGCAGACCCCGGGGGGUGAUGGGGACCAGAGGAGGGAGAUCAGCCCGUGGAGGAGCUGCUGAGCACGGACACAGGAAUGUACUGUGAAUGUGACUCUGAUGGAGCUAACGUUAGCCUGGUAGCUAGCUGCAGCCUGAUGUCAGCCUCCUUGUGAAGAUGAAGCCGCUCGGAGACGCUCAGGGGCCGCUGUGAGAGGAUCAUGUCUGAAGGAUACCAUCAAAAGAGGAACAUCUAGGCCCAAUGUAACCCAAGCUUUCUUCUUCUCUGACUAUUAUCUGACCAUCCUCUUCCUACUGGCUGUCAGCUCACCAUUGGUUCAUGGACUGUGUGUGUUCUUCAUUAGGAUCAUGUAAAUUCAUCAUUGAUGGGAUCAUUUUCCUGCUGAUGGCCUCCUCACCACAGAUGCCAUGACCCUGUGUUUGACACCAUGACCAUGUGACCAAGUCUCAGCGUGUCUGUAGGAUCCUCACUCUGCUUCCUUUACUCAUUCCCUACCUGGCGGCCUUUCCUCCCCCCUCCCUCUUCUCCCAUCGUGGGCCAUGGUUCGUAAGAAAGGCUCUCUGAUACUCUGCGGCGGUUUCCUCUUCGUUGCCUGGAACGCACUUCUUCUACUCUAUCUGUGGGGCCGCCCCCUUAGCGGCCGGCUCGGGGAGGGGGGCGGAGCUGAACCGGGAGGGAAGGAGGAGUGGGGGGUGGGCCGGGGGAGAGGAGGGAACCUGGCGGGGGAGGUCAUCCGGCUAGCAGAGGAGGUCGAAGUCCAACUGGAGACGCAGAAGAAGCUGCUGAAGCAGAUCGAGGGUCACCGGGCAGUGUGGGCACGGCAGAGGGACGUUGGGAAGAGAGACACAGCAGCGGAGAAGAAGGAUGCCAACGAGGAGGCGGUGCAGCGGGAGCAGAAAGCUCCUCCCCUUCCAAUAGUCAAAGACAGCGAGGACGUCAGGGAGCAAACAGAUGUGAAACAGACUCAGAAACCAGCUGCUACAGAAGCUGUGGGCUCUAAACCUGAGCAGCAGCACGCCACAGAGGUCAAACAGGAGAGCCAGUCAGUCAAAUCAUCAACACCCACCCCAGAUGUCAUCAUCCCCAUCCUGGUCAUUGCUUGUGACAGAGUCACCGUCAAACGCAGCCUGGACAAACUCAUCCAGUACCGCCCUUCCCCGCAACUCUACCCAAUCAUCGUCAGCCAGGACUGUGGCCAUGCUGAGACAGCUCGCGUGAUUGGCUCGUAUGGAGAUCAGCUGACACUCAUCAGCCAGCCGGACCUGUCGGACAUUAGAGUCCGGCCAGAGCACAGGAAGUUCCAGGGGUACUACAAGAUUGCUCGCCAUUAUCGCUGGGCACUCAACCAGGUGUUCAACGUGUUUUUACACUCGACCGUGGUCAUCGUGGAGGACGACCUGGAGGUGGCACCAGACUUCUUCGAGUAUUUCCGAGCCUUGUACCCAAUCCUGCGCUCUGACCCAUCCCUGUGGUGUGUUUCUGCAUGGAACGAUAACGGCAGGGAUGCUUUGGUGGACUCAUCAAAAGCUGGUCUCCUCCACAGGACAGACUUCUUCCCCGGGCUCGGCUGGAUGCUGCUGAAGGAGAUGUGGGACGAACUGGAGCCAAAAUGGCCUUCGGCCUUCUGGGAUGACUGGAUGCGCCAGCCGGAGCAGCGUAAGGAGCGCUCGUGUAUCCGUCCGGAGAUCUCUCGGACAAUCACGUUCGGCCGUAAAGGCGUCAGUCUGGGUCAGUUCUUCGAUCAGUACCUGCGUUACAUAAAACUCAACACGGAGUUUGUGCCUUUCACCAAAAUGGACCUGUCCUAUCUACUCAAAGACAAGUACGAGGUCAAGUUCAUCCUCGAGGUUUACUCUGCCCACCUCGUGAAGAUAGAGGAUCUGCAGCAAGGGGCAGCCUUAAAGGGGCCCGGACCGUUCAGGGUCCAGUACUCCAGCCGAGACUCUUUUAAAGUGUUUGCUCGAAAUCUGGGCGUCAUGGACGACCUUAAGUCUGGUGUCCCUCGUACUGGUUACAGGGGCGUGGUCAGCUUCCUGCACCGUGGGCGGAGAGUGUUUUUAGCUCCACCUGAAGGCUGGACUCAGUAUGACGUCAGCUGGAGCUGAGAGACCUGGAUCAGUUGCGUGGACGGUGUCACAAAGGAAGAGAGGAGCAUCCUCUCAGACCCCGUUCAUACAAUGCAUUAACAUCUGUUUAUGGUAUUUGGAUACUAAACGGUAAUCCUGAAGGCUCAAUGUGAAAACAGUUUGAUAUCUGAUACACUGCAUACAGAGGUGGUCAGGGAUGACUUCAUCUGGACUGGACUGAUUGGGUAGAUGGAACACCUACUGGCAUGCAGUAAGACCACCCUGUCUUAUGUGAUCUUCUGCAGUCCGCCAAACAAAAAAAGAUGGUUUUAUUUAUGUCUGUCCAGUCUUGUAGGUCACUUGUCUUGAAUCAAGUUGUCAUUCCAAUCCAACCAGUACCCCACAAGAUUUGUUAGCUUAGUAUAUCAGUGUGGCCUUUAAAUGCAUGUUUAUGACAGCAUGAGGGAGAAAAGCUGUUAAGGAGGCUCCACUGGCCUCUUAAAUACAAAAAUCGGAUGACGCCUGAGUGGCAUCAGUCAUGUGGUUACUAAAGAGGUCCUUCUUUAACCCAAACAGACAAGGGUUAAAAAAUUCAGCAUACUUCUCCUCUCUGUCAUCAUAAGAACACAUAUCUGCAAUUUUUUCCCCUAUAUUGAUUGUCCUUUGUUGGCAACUUCUGGAAAAGUGAUAGAGCUCCUCACUAGUUCCAAUCACUUUUCCAAAAGUUGCCAGCUAUGGCCUACUAUUUUGCAAAAAAUGGAGGGAAAAAGCCCCCAACAUCCCAAGCUUCACCAACAUUCUGUCAUCUGUCUUUGAUGAUGAUGUCUUCCUUUACAACUUAUACAAUGUUCCAUCUUCGCCUUUUGCAUGCAGGCAAAACUAGGCCCCAUCCUCUUUCACUGUGAAGCCAUGCUGUUGUAGCUUGUGCAGUAUGUGGCUCUAUAUUGUCUUUCUGAUAUAAGAACCAGUCACCAAUUUACCUUUGUUUUGGUUUUUUUUUUUUUUUUUUUUUUUUUACCUGUGGAGCUUAGAGGCUAGUGGGGCCUCUUUAGCAGCUUUAUCCCCCUCAUGUCAUAAACAAGCUUUCAAAGGACAUGCUGAUAUACUGUUUAGUUUAUUUUAGUAAAUAAAUCUUGUAGGGUACUUGUUAGAUUGCACAAUUUAUGUGUCCAACAAUGCUGGAUGGACGUACACAAGCCACAACAAGAGAGUCACAGAAGUUAUGCAUGGACUGUUAUUUGUGUGAGAGGCAGGACAGAGAGUCCUGAUAUCAUGUUGCACUGAAGAUUUAUUAUUACUGCAAAGUGUGAGCUUGGUCUCUUUCACCCAGCAUGGAUGUUAAUGCACAGUGUAAACGGGGUCUCAGACCAAAGAUCAGAUCUGACACAUGAAGGCGUCAGCAGCGUAGAGGAACAGAGGCUUCUAGAAAUGUUGGUUGUUCAGUAUGAACAGACUUUUAGGAUGAACAUCUAUCGGCACCGUGCCUUGCUUUCUGGGUCCGUCUUUGUUCAGUUUAUUUUCUAUUCCUGUGAAUUCACCGGCACAUGCAGAAGUUUGAAGUGAAGUUUGGUAGCAGAAAACUUGGAACGAUUGUCACCAUGAAGGAAAAUGUUUCAUCCCAACCGCCUGGGAGACAGACAGUGUUAUGGUAAAAAUAUUUAGAGGAGGAGAGGGGUGCAUUUCGUAACAUUUCUCAAAGAAUCUAUUGUUAUUGACCCAAGCUUUCCGAACGGAUGUUUCUGUUUAAAUCUACUGAACUAAUCAGAAGCAGAGCAGCGUGUGAAUGAGGGGAAAUGAAAGCAGUAUUUAGCAGUAAACAGCAGCUAAGCAGAAUCAUUACAUGAAGCCCCGAUGGUUCAUAUUAAACACCAUCUCCCACAGCGAAAGAUGCUGACUUUGUGACCAACAGUAGUCCUGAUCUGGACAAACAAACAGCCCAUCACUACUGAACACUUCUGUCACCAAGCUGAUCAUUAAAGCUAUCAAAAUUAUUCAAUUACAUCCUCAAAAUCAACCAGGAAUUUGAGAUAUAAGGUAGGCUGCCCACUCCCCUGGGGCCUUUGCAUACUCCUUGUACAACCCUAACAUGAGUCUCAAAGUACUGACUUAUUUUUCUUAACAUAUACAGAGAGUUUCAACAUGAAGGCUUGUUUUUUAGAGGCAUAUGGUUACUAGGAAAGCAUUGGAAGAUCAGUUUUAAAAAUGAUGCUUACUGUUUUUAUUUCAUGUAAAUGACCUCUUGCAGCCCACACUUUGGGAAGCACUCUGCUUUGGUGACUUUCUUGUCCUGUAGAUGAUCAGGGGCUGAUUUUAUAUUUGAUCUAUUCCUUUGAUAGACUCUUCCUUCAUCCUCUUGGUGACUGAAGUGUUCCUGUUCUUGGAGAUAGGCGAAUAUAGUGAUGUUUGGUUGGAUGGUUCUAAAACUGAGCCUGAAGGAGUGCUGCUGAUGUGUUUUAAAUGGGACCAUGUUUCUGUGGAAAACUUUAGUUAGGUAGACGUUGAGCUUUCCGGAAAGUGAAGACACUAAAAACUUGACAAUACUCAGUAACAAAAAGUCAUUUUUGUAAAUGAAGAGUAGCAUUUUGUUUAAUGGUGUUUAAGGAUGAUUUAAUCGAUCAGCAGAGCUGUUCCUGAAUCAGUUAGUGAACUCGGCCUUUAAAACAUAAUGACAUUAAAACAAAGCAGAGAUGAUCUCAGUGUUAAACACUCAGGAUGGUUCCGAUAAACACCCUCAGAUCACAUUAAAACAUUUUGAGAAGAGAAGUAUCUCUGAAUGAGGAAAGGGGUUUCAAUUUUAAAUUGGAGUGAUCAGAUUUACUAAUAUAUAAGAGGAGGUGGGUUAUUUUAGUGUUUUAAGAGAGUUAAUUCACCUGUAGUUUCCACAUUGUCUGCUUCUCUCCAUUGUGCAUUCAGAAUCAUGUUGAUUUUAUUUUUGACAUCUAACUUUGUUCCAAACAUCUUAACUGGACUUCAACAUAUCAAAUUUAUUUGCAUCAUUACAUAUCUUUCUGGAUUUUUUACUCUGUGAUCUAUAUACUUAUCUUGACUAUACUGUCAAUGUUUCAUUUCUAUGCUGGGCAUUUUGACUUUAUACAAACUUUCCGUCUUAAUUAUCAACAUUUCCAAAACUGCAAACCUCUGACGAAUUUCUUUUAUAAAAUAAGAAAAAUAAGAGUUUUUCUCUCAAUUUUUCCUUUUCAUUUGCUUUAACACUCUCCUGUCGAAUCAUCUCGGUAAAAGAAGAUAAAAAAUUUAGUCAUCAUGAAUCCCAGAGCAGAAUUAGUUACUUGAAUGUUCUCCUCAGUCCCUCAUGAUUUAAACUGUGCUUAAAAUAGGGCAAAAUACAAAAAAGUUUCUGUUGAAGAAAUUCUACCAGAUCUGAUGGGCUUUUAUUUUGAAACAUCCUGAAGGUUUUAAUGUUUGAUCUGCUGCUCAAGCUGGACUUGUAAGGCCUGAAAUGAUUUAUUUAGAUUUUAAUUUUGUGUCUUAAUUUCUUAAUUUAAAAUCUUUAAUGUGAUACUGAUGGAACCCGGUCAGACCGCCACACAUCCUUGGAGAAACGCCAAGGUCAGACGGCACGAUCUAAGCUUGACUGAUAUGACAGUGGAACCUGACUAGUCAUGAUGAUGUUAGAAAGGAGGGGGGUGGGGCUAGACAACACCUGAAAGAAGACCGUAAACAAAUGUACGGGCUGUAUUCACAUGGUCUAGUGGUUCUUGCAGGACAUACUAAAGUGGUCAAAAUGCAGUGUGGGAACAAAAGCGAGAUGUGCAGUUGAUCAGUGUAGUUUACAGCUGAGGGAUUUUUAAAAAAAAAACAGAAAACAGACAAUUUUUUCCAAAAGAAAUGAGUUGAUGAGAAACAGUUUGUUUUUCAUAUUUUGUUUUUUUUUUCUGAUCAAAAAAAGGAAGAUCAAAGAACAGAACACUAAGGCUGGAACCUUCUUUUUGCACAACAGCAGGUCAGACAUAAUGGAAUAACAGAAUGUUACAUCACCAGUGCUCUGUUCUUUGAGCUUCCUUUUUUAAACAGAACAAAAAAAGAUGAAAAAUGAACAGUUUUGCUUUUCUUUUAUUUACACAUAAAAAUGAGGUAGAAAAUGGACAAGUUUGUUUUUUUGUUUUCCAGUUUCUGAUUCCCAGUUGGUGAUAGCAUUAACUUGAAGUGACUGAAGAUAGAAGAUGUUUGACAUAUUUAUAUAAAUUAAACAGCUUUUUGAACAGUACAUGUUCACAGAAGAUCAAACCACACAAAGAUACCGUCGAUGAAGCUUAAUAAAGAGGCAUCUCAUUUUAUUCAAGCAGGAUAACAAAGAUAACAAAACAUGGCCAAAGCAAAAUGAAUGCUUAUAGAUUAAAGUUAGAAUUCAGGGAAAAAAAAGUCAAAAUUCUGAGAUCAAAGUGAGAAUUCUGACUUUAAAGACUAAUUUAGAAGAAAAAUUGAUCUCAAAUUAAAAGAAAACAUUAUUGGCCAUAAUCUUCUUUCAUAUGACUUUAAACAUGCAACAAAGAAAACAGCUCCAGUCUCGUUAUGUGAUUUAUGCAGUUACAAAACUCCAAAUGAAUCACUUCUAGGAUGUUUUCAUACGAGAUGUGGCUACUACACCUUAGUGAUGCUAGUGGUUAGCUGUACUAUUGUUGAAUUCUCUCAAAAACCCAGCUCAGUCCCAGGCGUCCCAGAUGUGGCCUUGACUGUUCUUCUCUAUGACACACUGCGCAGCAUAAAACCAUCCAUUUUCAGGGCCAACGAGUCCUGAAACCCUACGAGUGCUGAGUUGGGUUUAGUCAUGGUAAUGGUGUGUCGUCUGACCUGGGCAUACAGAGAGAAUUUGUUCAUAUGAAGGAUUAAACUUUGAUGAUGUUUUCAGAUGAUUUAACGUUGCGAACUUGAAGUUCUAAUAUUUUUUAGCUGCAGAUGAGAUUGAAAAAAAAAACUUAUUCUGACAUUAAACUGACGAUUUUCUGAUGUAACAUCCAAACGUGUGUUUGGUUGGCUUCGGUUUGUUCAAAAACCGCUGAUUGUUUGAUGACAGAGGAUGGCAGACAAACGUUUAUCACUGUACUGUAAUCAGCUCGGGGAGGUUAUCGGACACUGAGCAAUCCCUGUCUGUAUGGUGAAGUGUUCAAACACUGCCUGAUGUGUUUAUAACUUUAAUACAGGAUCAAUAAAAUCAACUAUUUUGAUAUUUGU